AUGACGUACAUGGAUGGUGACACCGCGAUGGAUUAUCAACCUCCCGUUCCGCGAUCGUCCACCGUCGAUGAUGCCGAUGCCGACGACGACGAUGAUGAUGAUGAUGAUGUUGAUGGGCAACCGACACGCUACGGGUUCUAUCUCUACGAACAGGUUUACGGUACGAUCUAUCCACCGGUACCACGCACCGGUGCGAGGAGUAGCGAGGAUCCCGAUCCCUUCGAUCUGGACGUUUGGAUCGCUUCGAUCUCUGCCGACGGUGCUCUGUGCGGUCCAGUUGCUUCGAUUGGCUUCGGUGCCCGUGCCCGUGCCCGUGCAGCUUAG